UGUUGUCCUUAUGUUGAGAGCUCGCGAACAGAAUCAUCGGAAUAGAACACGGUGCUGAGACAGAGAGUUGUUUGGCAAACAGGUGGAAAAAUUGGCGACGAGAACGGAGACAUUAAUCUCAAACCACACAGCACUUCUCCGUUUGGAAGAAGAGUGUAUUUUAAAACAUGGAACAGUGUCGUUAGCCGGUAGAUUGAGCCCUAGCACUUUCUUGUACCUAAAUCGCGAAGUUGAGUCCCUCGACCCAGCCCGUUAGCUGUUUGGCUAGCUAGCCAGUUAGCAUUGCAUUAUUAGCUAUGUAGCUCGCUAACUAGCACAUUUUUGUCAGCCAAGGGGUUCGUUCGCGAAGCAAAUAUAUUUCGUUGUUUGCAUAUGGAAACUGUCACGGUAUAAACUAUUCAGUUAUUAGAUUAAACCCCUCGGGACAUGCAUGAUCUGGAGAAUAGCUGUUUAUUGAAGAUUUGCUGAAGGAGAGAGAAUUCCCCUCCUAGUAGCAAGCCAUUGUGUGAUGAUGGAAAAUGCUAUGUAUGAGGACGAACCUUUGUAACUAACUUAGCUGGCUGACCAGGCAGUUGGCACCACAUAUCAAGGAUUCUGGAUGAUUAUUCGACUAGAGUCCAUUGGGGAUCAUUAUUAUCUUUUGGAGAGGUCCUGUAACUUAUCGCCGAGACAGUCGCAUUGUCUGUCCGUCUGACAGUGGACACAAUGGGGGAGACCAGUCUCAACGAAUCGAAUGUGAAGGUCGCAGUACGUGUUCGUCCUAUGAACAGGAGAGAAAAGGACCUGAACACAAAAUGUAUUGUGGAUAUGGAAGGCAACCAGACCAUCCUGCAUCCAGGCGGAGGAAACCUGGGCAAAGGAGACUCCAGGAGUCAGACCAAGACCUUCGCCUAUGACUACUGUUUCUGGUCCAUGGACGAGUCGGAAAAGGACAAGUUUGCGGGUCAGGACGUGGUGUUCCAGUGCCUUGGGGAAAGUCUUUUACACAACGCCUUCCAGGGCUACAACGCCUGCAUCUUCGCCUACGGACAGACAGGUUCGGGAAAGUCGUACACCAUGAUGGGUUCUGUGGACUCUCCAGGUCUGAUCCCGCGGCUCUGCAGCUCUCUGUUUGACCGGACCCUGCUGGAGCAGAGGGAGGGGGAAGGCUUCACCAUAGAGGUCUCCUACAUGGAGAUAUACAAUGAGAAGGUCCGCGACCUCCUCGACCCCAAAGGGAGCAGGCAGGCUCUUAGAGUGAGGGAGCACAAGGUGUUGGGGCCGUACGUGGACGGCUUGUCACGCCUGGCUGUGGCCAACUACAAGGACAUUGAGUCUCUGAUGUCGGAGGGGAAUAAGUCUCGUACGGUGGCUGCCACCAACAUGAACGAGGAGAGUAGCAGAUCUCACGCUGUCUUCAACAUCAUCCUCACACAUACACUCAAAGACCUGCAGUCUGGGACGAGUGGUGAGAAGGUGAGUAAGCUGAGUCUGGUAGACCUGGCUGGCAGUGAGAGAGCAGCUAAGACUGGAGCUACUGGAGAGAGGAUGAAGGAGGGCAGCAACAUCAACAAGUCUCUGACUACUCUAGGCCUGGUCAUAUCUGCUCUGGCAGAACAGGGAUGUGGGAAAAACAAGACCAAAUUUGUCCCUUACAGAGACUCUGUGCUAACAUGGCUGCUAAAGGACAGCCUGGGCGGCAACAGCCGCACUGCCAUGGUGGCCACGGUGAGCCCGGCAGCAGACAACUACGACGAGACGCUGUCCACGCUGCGCUACGCCGACCGGGCCAAGAGCAUCGUCAACCACGCUGUCGUCAACGAGGACCCCAACGCACGUAUCAUCAGGGAGCUCCGAGAGGAGGUGGAGAAACUACGGGACCAGCUGACACAGGCAGAGUCUAUGAAGGCCCCAGAGCUGAAGGAGAGGCUGGAGGAGUCUGAAAAACUCAUCCAGGAGAUGACCGUCACCUGGGAGGAGAAACUACGCAAGACGGAAGAGAUCGCACAGGAGCGUCAGAAACAGUUGGAAUCCCUGGGCAUCUCUCUCCAGUCGUCUGGCAUCAGAGUGGGAGAAGACAAGUGUUUUCUAGUCAACCUCAACGCUGACCCCGCUCUCAACGAACUGCUAGUCUACUACCUGAAGGAGCACACUAAGGUUGGUUCAGCAGACUCCCAGGACAUUCAGCUGUGUGGGAUGGGUAUUCAGGCUGCACACUGCAUCAUAGACAUCACAACUGACCAACGGGUGGUCCUCACUCCUCACAAAAACUCAAGAACGUGUGUGAAUGGCUCUCCUUGCACCAGCCCUCAGCAGCUCCACCAUGGAGACCGCAUCCUGUGGGGAAACAACCACUUCUUCAGGAUCAACCUGCCUAAGUGGCGGUCGCGGGGUGGUGGUGAGGAAGAGGAGGGUGAGGGGGGCCUGAUGAAGAACAGUAGCAGUAGUGAACAGCUAGAGGGCGACGGAGACACCAACAGUGAGGUUUCCUCCGAGGUCUCCUUCUCCUACGAGUUCGCCCAGACAGAGGUCAUGAUGAAGGCCCUGGGCAACAACGACCCCAUGCAGGCAGUGCUCCAGUCCCUAGAGAGGCAGCACGAGGAGGAGAAGCGCUCGGCGCUGGAGAGACAAAGGCUGAUGUAUGAACAGGAGCUGCAACAGCUGAGACGACGGCUGCACCCGGACAGACCGUCUGUAGGACAGACAGGCAUGGCACCCAGCCAAUCACAGUGCCAGGCUGACAGGCCGGGACAGCCCCACUACCGCAGCCUGGAGAGACUCAGCAUGUCCAACUCACCCAGCGCACAGAGCAGGCUGAAGCAGUGGAGCGAGGAGAGAGAGGCGGUGUUGACCCGGAGCCUGCGUAAGCUGAGGGAGCAGAUAGUGAGAGCUAACCUGCUGGUGCAGGAGGCUGGCUUCAUAGCAGAGGAGCUGGACAAACGCACUGAGUACAGAGUCACCUUGCAGAUACCUGCUGCUAACCUCAAUGCCAACCGCAAGCGUGAUGCAGUGCUCAGUGAGCCUGCGGUGCAGGUGAGGCGUAAGGGGAAAGGGAAGCAGAUCUGGGCUCUGGAGAAGAUGGAGAACAGACUGGUGGACAUGAGAGAACUGUACCAGGAAUGGAAGGAGUACGACGAUGACAACCCAGUGAUGCGUUCCUACUUUAAGCGUGCCGACCCGUUCUUUGAUGAGCAGGAGAACCACAGCCUGAUCGGCGUAGCCAAUGUCUUCCUGUCCUGUCUGUUCUAUGACGUCAAGCUGCAAUAUGCAGUACCCAUAAUCAACCAGAAGGGGGAGGUGGUUGGGAGGUUACACGUGGAGGUGGUGAGAGUGGCGGGGGGGUUUGAGGACAGCAUGGCUGGCGGAGAGGACAAUGAGACCAGCCCUGACGGAGAGGUGCAGGAGAGGAAACUGGUCUGCAUGAUCAAGAUUCUUCAGGCAACAGGUCUCCCCCAGUACCUUUCCAACUUUGUCUUCUGCCAAUACUCGUUCUGGGACCAGGCGGAGCCCGUAAUCGUGGCCCCAGAGGUGGACCCCUCUGCCUCGUCCCCAAGCAGCAAGGACCCUCACUGCAUGGUGGUCUUUGACAGCUGCAAGGAGAUGGGUGUGUCAGUAACAGAGGAGUUUAUAGAGUAUCUGACAGAGGGGGCAGUGGCCAUGGAGGUGUAUGGACACAGACAGGCCGCUGCCGGACAGGCUGACUCUGGCAGGAACCCUGCCUUCUGGGACCUCAGCAUUAUACAAGCCAAGACACGCACACUACGGGACAGGUGGAGUGAGGUAACACGUCGUCUGGAGAUGUGGAUCCAGGUGUUGGAGAUCAACGAGAACGGAGACUUCAUGCCUGUGGAGGUCAUACCUGCCAAAGACGUACGCACAGGAGGUAUAUUCCAACUGCGACAGGGCCAGUCCAGACGUCUGCAGGUGGAGGUGAAGUCUGUGCAGGACAGUGGGACGAUGCCGCUGAUAGCGGAGGUGCUGCUGGCCGUGUCUGUGGGCUGUGUGGAGAUCAGACAGACACAGCAGGCUAAGGCCAACAACGAACCCGUACAGAUGGAGGGGGAUGAGAUGGACAGCUAUCAGGAGCGUGAUCUGGAGCGUCUGCGUCGUCAGUGGCUGACAGCUCUCACCAAGAGACAGGAGUACCUGGACCAACACCUUCAGACCCUGGUCAGCAAGCCAGAGAAGACAGAGGAUGACGUGGAGAGGGAGGCCCAGCUGUUGGAAUGGCGCCUGACACUGACCGAGGAGAGGAACGCUGUCAUGGUGCCUUCAGCUGGGAGCGGCAUCCCUGGAGCUCCUGCAGAGUGGGUCCCCCUACCUGGAAUGGAGGCCCAUACCCCUGUUCUUUUCCUGGACCUCAGUGCGGAUGACUUCAGUUCCCAGGAUGCUUUGGAGGUCCCGGAGGCUGGGGGUUGGGAUGCCACUCUGAGCGGAGAGGACGAGGAAGAAUUCUUCGACCUGCAGAUCGUCAAACAUUAUGAUGAAGAGGUAAAAGCUGAGGCAUCAUGGGACUCCACAGUGCACCAGUGUCCCCAGCUGAGCCGCGGUGGAGCAUGCCCGGAGCAGAGGGUUUAUCUGACGGUGCGCUGCGUGGUGCAGCUCAGCCAUCCGGCAGACAUGCAGCUGGUGCUGAGGAAACGGAUCUGUGUCAACCUGAACCCCGGCAGACAGGGCUUCGCUCAGAACCUCUUCAAGAGGAUGUCCACGCGCUCCACCAUCCCCGGCUGUGGGGUCACCUUCGAGGUGGUCUCCAACAUCCCCGGGGAUGCCCAGGGUUCAGAGGACAGGGAGAUGUUGGCUCGUCUAGCCGCCAGCACUGAGAACCCCAAGUCGGCCGACAACGAGGCGGCCAUAGAGAAAUACCUCCGCAGUGUCCUGGCUGUGGAGAACAUCCUCACUCUGGACCGACUACGACAGGAAGUGGCGGUGAAGGAGCACCUGGCAGGCAAAGGGAAGGGUAACAGACGCAGUCUCAGCUCCCCCAGUGUCCACAGGCUCUCUGGCAGCAGACAGGACCUGUCCUCUGACUGCAAUCUGGACGACAACAAGACUCGCUGGGAGAGCCAGCAGGACAUCUUCAUGACCUCGCCCCAGCCUCGCCCCUCCUCCUCUCCCCCUACUACUCCCCCACAGAACCAGAGCCAGGACCCAGAGCAAGGUCGUUCAGGGCUUGCUGCCUCUUAUCUUUCAGUCAAAGCCCUGGUGCCGCAGAUGCCCAAGCUGCUCAAGUCCCUGUUUCCUGCCCGCGAGGACAAGAAGGAGCCCCUACGCCCCUCACCCCACUCUCUACAGCACAUGCCUCGUAUCAUCAUGCAGACGACGGGGCCUGAAGACAGCAGGAUCCGGAUAGAAUCGGUUGCUAAGGUAGGGAGGACCGCCUUUAUCCCGGCCUUGACCAAUGACAGGUGGUCAGAGUCCACCGAAGCCCCUCUUCCUGUUCCGUCCUCCCAGCAUGACUAUCCCCUCAGCCCCAUCAGCGAGGCCUCCAGCGGCUACUUCUCCACUAGUGUUUCCACGGCAACCCUGACCGAGGCUUUAGCCAGCGCCGCUGGUGACCACCCUGCCACCCCCCUCCGCCCCUCCUCCUCCCUCACCCUCCUAGAUGCAGGGGUGGGACUAAAGGGAAUUGAUGCUCCUGAAACUACGUUACCCAGAACCCAGCAGCAGCAGCGAGCUGAACGGAACGGUGUUACUGCUGCCUCUCCUCAGUACGACAACAAAAUGGCCACCACAGGUCCCGGCUACAGCGUCACCACAGGCAACAAGCCCUUCUCCGUACAGAGGGUGUCGACGUCGGACCUGAAGUCGUUCCAGCAGCGCAUCCUGGGGGAGGAAGUGGAGGCAAGAGGAGGAGGAAGACAAGGGAGUCUAGAGAGACUGGAAAUCGUCCUGGACGACGAGGAUGGCGGAUGUGACUACGUGCUACCUGAUUGGCUGAGAGAGGGGGUGUGCGUGACGGUGGGAGCCAAUAAGGACGGGACAGUGCGCUACGUGGGCAACACUGAGUUCGCCGAGGGCGUGUGGGUCGGGGUGGAGCUUGACUCGCCCUCAGGUAAGAACGACGGUUCCGUAGGCGGGCGCCACUACUUCCGCUGUAACCCUGGUUACGGUGUCCUGGUGCGUCCCGACCGGGUUCUCCAACGGGAGCAUUCCACCAAACGGAACCCGGAGAACCGGCGCAGCGGCGAGUUCUACCAGCCCGUUCUGCGGGGAGAGUCCACUAUCAGGAGAGGGGAGAACCGCAAGUCCUGGAGCAGCUGAACUGGAGAGAAACAGGCUUGGCUGGGAGAGACCAUUAUUCUACACAUCCUAGAAAACUAGAAAACCCACACAUCCUGUUUCUAAGCCUCCGUCUCGCUUAGCACCCUCUCUCUCAAUCUCCCCCUAACUAUGCAAUACAACUGCAUCUAAUGGAAAACGGUCCCUGUCCUAUGCCCACCCAUAGCUAUGGAGCAGUACCUUAGUGCUCUGUGUUAGAUCUGUCUGGGUUCAUUUCAAUAGGGAAGACCUUUACCCAACAGGCCCCUGCUGUCUCCCCAUCUGGACACAGCACUGGUGGCAUGGAUUGGGCACAGGCCCUGAGUGGUUCCACAGCACCUGAAGUAGUCUACAGAGUGUUGCUGUCUGUAUGAAGUGGCCCACAGGAACUGUUUCUCCUCGGGCCAAGGUUCAGGUUCUGAAGUAAUGACAUCACGCUCUCUGAUGUCAUCAAACUCUGGUCACACUUGGAGAAUCCUUCUGAAAGAAUGAGACUACUAUUCCACCGGACCCUGACCUGCAACGCCCCUCUUUUUUCAAUGGAACUGUCCAUUUAUCCCCCCCCCCCCCCUCUUUUUUCAAUGGAACUGUCCAUUUAUCCCCCCCCUAUUUUUGAAUGGAACUGUCCCUUUUAAUUAAAUGAUAUUAUCAGUCCUUUUUGUGGACUGACAUUUUAACAGUUACUGUAUCUAUCCCCUGUGUAAAGUCAUUCAUCUGAAAUGAUCGAUUCUUCCAGAAUGUGCCUUCAUGGGUUUAUUUUUCUUUGUUAUAUUUCUUAGUGGUUUUAUUCAAUACACAUUUCUCCCUCUGUUGAGCUUUGACGAGAAUGCCUUGUGUAAGUGUGAGGUGAUCUCAGGGACUGCAGAGUGGACAUGGAUGUACCUGUGAGAAGAUUUGUGUGUGUGUGUGUGUGUGUGCCUGUGUGCCUGUGUUUUGGCCCUUGAAGCUGAAUUUAACCAUGGCAAUUUACAGUAUAGGCUGGGAGAACAAUUAUCCCUGUGCGUGUGUGUAUAUGCACAUCUGUGUGUGUGCAUGUUUCCGGCUGAUCUGAAAGAUGAAGCACCGUCGUUAUGACGACGUGGUUUGUGCGAAAGUAAUAGCCGUUGGUUUUAAAUUGUAAGUUGAAGGAUGGUUCCACUAUGAGAAGCCCAGGGAGCAAAAUUGGUUGAAAUUGCUUUUCUCAAUGUCUUUUUAACAUCAAGUGCUCACUGGGAGAUUUUGCACGUUGGAGGUUAGUUUGGUGACUGACUGUGGUGAUGUGUGUUAGCAGAAUGGUUGUCUUUGGUUCUAGAACUGUUUGAGGAAGUAGCAGUGUGAUGUAUGGUGUAUGGUCUGCAUGCAACUUUGUGUUAACAUUGUGGAGCUUUAUGUAACGUGUGGAUGUUGGAUGGAAGGUAGGAUCUGGUAUGUUUUAUGCUGGUCAUUGAUUUGUGUUUGGGGGAUAAAGAUCUCUAUGCAUACAUUCACCAUUUGUGUGAAGAUACAGAUCUGUAAUGGGGUCUAUCAUUUACAUACUGAGUCAAUGACUUUGGGAGAUGAAAGCAGGUUGUGGGAGCAGUGUUUUACAAGGUAUUUCCUUUGAAACUAUGGAAUAUUAUUUCAAAUGUUAAUGGAUCCCUGAAGUUCUUACAAAAUGUAGUGAAUCUCAUUUUUAUUAGACAUUUGAAGUUAAUACUUAAAGGGGCAAUCUGCAGUUCAAACAACAACAAAGUGGUGUCCCCGCCACAGUUUUGGUAAAUAGGAAUGGGACUGGAGAAAUGUAACCAGCUCUCAAAUUAAUCAGUGGGUGUAUAUCAUUCAUUUAAACAUCCAAAAAUAGAUGUAACAACUGCAGAUUACCUCUUUUUGAAAUUCCAUUGAAUAGAAAUGUAAACGGUGUAUUCUCACCUCGUGAGCGGAGGUACAAACUGUAACGAGAUGCAGAGUGGGUUUUAACAUUAGUCCAUCCAGCAGUCACAUGAAGGAGCUGAAAGCUAAACCCCUUCACCCCAACGCUAUGACAUUUCUUUUGACUCUUUAUCCUCUGAUUUAAGAGAAGCUUAAAUUUGCAAUGUUAUAUAUACAGUAUAUCACAAGUGAGUACACCCCUCAAAUUUUUUGCAAAUAUUUGAGUAUAUCUUUUCAUGUGACAACACUGACGAAAUGACACUUUGCUACAAUGUAAAGUAGUGAGUGUACAGCUUGUAUAACAGUGUAAAUUUGCUGUCCCCGCAAAAUAACUCAACACACAGCCAUUAAUGUCUAAACCACUGGCAACAAAAGUGAGUACACCCCUAAGUGAAAAUGUCCAAAUUGGGCCCAAGUAUAUCAUUUUGUGAUAUACUGUAUAUAAAUGAUUGUACAUAUGCCUUUAUUGUGUGAAAUAGUUAAAGCCUUCUAAAUUGUACUGAAAAAAAUUGUUGCUUGCACAAGUGAUUUUAUGAGAAAUGGUGCUGCUAUAGCCACUGUUAUAUAACUGUAAAUGGAUUCGAUCAUUGACAUUCUAGUCUUGCUUUUUAGCCUUCUAUACACCACUUGAGAUGGGAGAAAGUAAGGAGUUGUCUAUGGGCUGAUGACUGGCCAAUUGAUAGAGAAAUGGAACGUAGCAAGUGCUUAUUUAUUGUCAUGUACUGUCCCCAAGUUGGUCAGACACUUUACAUUGCUCUUUCUAUAGCUAUUGCUAGCGUUUUUUAAGUUUGUCGUCGUGUUUAUCGAGUGAUCAUACUUGUGGUAAUAGGAGGGGAACUGAGUAUGUGUGUGAAUGCGCAGUGUUGUAAUGAAGAGAGAGCAGGUGGUGUAUCGGAUGGAUUUGGCCUUCGUCUUCUCACCUCUCUGCACAGAGAAGAGUGUUUUGAGAUCACUUCAGGCUUAUCUAUUUAUUUCCGUGCCUCACUCUGUUUCUGUCUCUCACAUCAGGAAGUAGCUCUGAUUCAAACACUUUUCAUUAUGAAGUCACUUUUCUGGGUUAUUUCACAUUGCCGAUGGAGUCUUCGCUUCUGACUCAAAAUAGGUGCAGUGAGGCUGGGAUUCAAUCUGUUCACACUGUCGGCUAUGCACCUUUUAAAGGCAAUGUUUCCUCAUUUCUGUAAAUAUUAUUUUGUAAUUUAGCAGACAUUCUUAUCCAGUGCGACUUACAGUAGUGCAUACAUUUUUGUACUGAAAAGCAGGUACACAUGUACCUGAAUGCUGUGUAACGGGAGGAAGUAAUUUGUCAUACAUGCAUCCUCUGGCUUUCAUUUCAAUAGGCGUCAUCAUGGACUUUAUAUUUGACCAUAUAUGGUUGUGACUGUUUGCGCUCCGAACCACAUCAGGGGUGUAUUCGCUAGGAACCAGAAGCAAACGAAACGGGACCUACCUGAAUUGGUCCAAUAAACUCUUGUGUGGAGUAAAUGGAAAACCACUUUUGCUACGGUCUUCAACUAAUGAAUACACCCCUGACCCUUAGACUGUCUAUACCUGAUUAAGGAUCCGUCUAUACAGUUACCCUUUCAUCAUUCCACAGAAGGCAUGUUUUUUAAAAUAUUUUUGUUGUCAAGUGCUACUAUGAGCAUAUAUUUUUAAAGGCCCAAGGACACAGAUGCAACAAACUGUUAUGGGGGAAAUAAUAUUUCAAGAGUAUACAUUUGUUUACAUGCAUUUCCUGUAUAUCUUUGGCAACCCUGGUCCAGAGCUCAGAGCAAUAUGACACCUGCCUUUAUGUGGCCUUCAGUCUACCAGUCUGUCCCCCUCAGAGGCUUUUAGUUAUUAAACCCAGUCUGGCAAUGCGAGACUCAAUAACUGCAAGCCCUUAAACUCCCUCCAUAGAGAGACCUGUAUAUUAUAAGACUUUCUUCACACUACAUCAGACCCACUGCCACAUGGGACCAUGGGAGUUCACGUUAGUAGAGGAAACUAACACAGAUAUCAACUAGAGCAGAGAAUCUUUAUCCCCAACACAGACGUCAACUAGAGCAGAGAAUCUUUACGCCCAACUCAGGAGCCACGUUCCAUUUCUGUUCAAUACUAAAGGGGUUUGAGCUGGAGGAAGGGAUAGAAAUGGAAUUGGGCCUGAUCUUCAGACCAUUUGUACACCGGUUUUUGUCAUUAAAUGGCACCCUACUCCCCAUAUAGUGCACAGAGAAUAGGGUUCCAAUUUGGACACAAUGACUCACUUGAGACCAACUCUGGUUUGUGCCUCGUCCUGGAGUCUUGAGUUAUUAUUAUAAUCAAUCAUUUGUCUGAUUGUGUUGUCAUGAAGUGUAUUUGAGUAUUUGCGAAUGCGUGUAUGCUUGAUUAUGUAUAUAUUUGCAUAUUAAGACUUAACAAUCUGAGUGCAAGUUUGGGUUUUGAUUUAAUUUAAUUGUUCUGUGUAAUUCUAUGCUGAAAUCCAAAGAAUAAUCAUGUAUUUUUUAUCGCCUGGACAAUAAUCUCCCUGUAAAGGAAAGAAUAAAAAAAUGAAUUGAUUUAA